GCUUUUCAUUUCGCUUUGCGCGAGCCAGUGCGCGUCCCGGUUCUGAGCGCGCGGUUCUGAGGGACGGGAGCAGGAAUGGCCUCGGUGCUGGAGGAGGUGGCUGAAGCGGAGCUGAUCCACGUGGCUUUAGUCAGAAGCAGCGCGGGCGCGUGCUUACGGGGCCACCUGAAGAAAUCCGCGCGCGCAGUCGCUCUCAAACUCCUGAGCACGGACAGCUGUGUGUCUCAGAUGCAGGACGCGUUGGCGUGGGGUGGAGUGUGUGUGGAGCGAGUUCUGCAGCCUGUAGGUGUGUAUCGGAGUCGUUUUCUCACUGGCCUGCUGUGGGACUGGAUGCCUGAAGGAUCUCUACACUCACUGCUGUAUGAGACUCACCUGUACCCGGACCUGCCCCUGGUUCUCCGGUUGCGGAUCCUGCUGGACGUGGCCGAGGGUUUAAACGUCCUUCACGCCGUCUCUCUGCCUCACGGUGCACUGAAGACCACCAACGUCCUGCUGGACCACCAAUACCGCGCUAAACUGUGUGAUUGGGGACAGCGGACGCUGGUAGACGUGAGAGCCCGUGUCUCUGCCGGCGGCGCUCCGUGUUUGAGAGACCUGGCUCUCCUGGCACCGGAGGUUCUGCUGGGAAACGUUCCGUGUGUGAAGUCAGACGUGUACAGUUUUGGUGUUCUGAUGUGGGAAACUCUGAACAGACGACCGCCGUGUGAAGGUAAAGAUCAGCUGCAGAACCUCGUUAUGUGCACUCAGGAAGGGGCGGAGUCAGGUAUGGAGAUUAAUCUGUUGCCCCCGGAGACACCACAAAGCCACGCCCUCACUCAGCUCAUGAUGAGAUGUUGGUCUGUUGAUCCAAACCAGCGGCCGCUGGCUAAAGAGUGUGUUCUGGAGUUCAGGAAGGUUCUGGAAACACUGGACGCAGGAGCUCAUUGUACAGCGGUCCACCUGAUAAAAAAGUGCAAGGAGAGGGCGCUGCUGAGCUGUAAACACACGCCAGCCUGGGAGCUGCCCAUCGAGCUGAACAACCUGGAGGGCUACGGUGGCUGCACAGGUCCAAAAUACCUGAUGUCUAAGACGAUUCCAGUGAUGGUUCCUUACUCACUCAAGCACGCCGCUCGAACACGCGAAUCAGACGAGGCGAUUCAGAGAGGAAGUCCGCCCUUUCCCGCUCCGGCACAGGCGUCGCCUCCGGCACCAUGCUGCAGGGAUGCCUCACACAGUCCGGUCAGUUUAUCCAGCAGUAAUCCUGGUGAGAGACGCUGCAGUGGAGUUUGGGGCGUAAAACAGACUCGAGCUUCUCCACCACCGAACACGCCGUGCAGCUCGCCGACAUCGCCGACACACACACCUCUACAUCCCGCAAACCAGCCCGUGUGUCCCGUGUCCCCCGGCUGGACGUGCUGUCGGCUCCUGCAGGAGAGACGUGAGGCCAUUGUGCACUACAUGACCGAGGGGCGACUCAACAACCUGCUGGACGUGUUGCGGGCGAGGCGGGCGGUCACGCGCGAGGACUACGAGUUCAUCACGGCGGCCAUGACGCUGAGCGCACGCACACGCUGCCUCCUCGACAUGUGCGCGUGUCUGGGGGAGAAAGUGGCCGUCCUGGUAGCCACCACUCUGGGUCUGGUUUCUGUCGAGGCCGCAAACAGACACGCCCGCUCUCGGAUAUCUCCUACAGGCCAGACGGGGUGAGGAGUGAAACCACUAAAGUGUUCCUUCGUGAUUGUUAUUGUUACUGAGUUCUCUAAGAAGCGUUACGCCCUUCGUUAUAGAGACGGAGAUGGAUUUGAUGUAAAUGUAGGACUUGAUCAGACGAGAGCUGCUUUGAUCACAGAGCAUUAAACAUCAUCAGCAGUGUUCUGUGGAGGUGUUAAAAUCUUAUUCAUCACCUUCUUAAUGCUUUGAAGUAAAUCUCAGAGGUCAGAGAUCUUUUAAUUACAACAUAAUUAAAAGAAUGCAUUUAUUCAGUUGUGUGUAAAAAAUAGAAAAGUGUUUAGUUUCUAUGGACAGUUUUUUCUGUUCGGCUGUUUCUGUUGCUUUUAUGAAUUUAUCUGUGAGUUGGGAUUUUUGAUAUUUUUCUCUGUAGUCAGGUCUCCAGUAUUAAAGCAUCGUAUGCUGGCCAGUAGGACACGUCGUGCACGUUGCACAAACACGAGUAUUUCCUCAGCUGGUAGUGGAUUUUAUCCUGCAAGUAUCUUGUAACAAGAACUUCUUUAUUUUCAUUGUUUUGUACAGUACCAUAUUAAUGUUUAUUGUGUUGCAUGUGUGACACAGGGUUAAUAAAAUAAUCAACAAAAAGUGCUCAUGUACUGUUUGUGAUUAAUAAGUUAAUAAGUCGACAUUAAACCAAGUUUAAACUUUA